GAGCGCGGCCGCGGACGAAGAUGGCGACCGCCAUGUACUUGGAGCACUACCUGGACAGCAUUGAGAACCUUCCCUGUGAACUUCAGAGGAACUUCCAGCUGAUGCGAGAGCUAGACCAGAGGACUGAAGAUAAGAAGGCGGAGAUUGACAUCCUGGCUGCAGAGUACAUCUCCACAGUGAAGACGCUUUCUCCAGACCAGCGUGUGGAGCACUUACAGAAGAUCCAGAGCGCCUAUAGCAAGUGCAAGGAGUACAGCGACGACAAGGUGCAGCUGGCCAUGCAGACCUAUGAGAUGGUAGACAAACACAUUCGAAGGCUCGAUGCGGACCUUGCGCGCUUUGAAGCAGAUCUGAAGGACAAGAUGGAGGGCAGUGAUUUCGAAAGCUCCGGAGGAAGAGGGUUAAAAAAAGGUCGGGGUCAGAAAGAAAAAAGAGGGUCCCGGGGCCGAGGCAGGAGGACAUCAGAAGAAGAUACACCAAAGAAAAAGAAACAUAAAGGAGGGUCUGAGUUCACCGACGCCAUCCUGUCUGUGCAUCCCUCCGAUGUGCUGGACAUGCCAGUGGAUCCAAAUGAGCCCACAUACUGCCUGUGCCACCAGGUCUCCUAUGGGGAGAUGAUCGGCUGCGACAAUCCAGACUGUCCGAUUGAGUGGUUUCACUUUGCCUGUGUGGAUCUUACCACGAAACCCAAAGGAAAAUGGUUCUGUCCACGGUGCGUCCAGGAAAAGAGGAAGAAGAAGUGAGGAGGAACUGUAUGCCCAGAUCAGAAGAGCAAGUUAAUAUAUUCCUUCAUUCAUGUUGCAAUAUUUCCUUUCAUUUUAAAACUACCUUGUUCAAUUGAUAUUUAAUAACUCAAUGGCCAGUUAUGAUUCUGGAUGUUUCCUAAAACAAACUACCGAACCCUGUUUGUGCAGAGGAGCAAUCUCACAGGGACUUGUCACCAUGACUAUAUUGUGACUUUUUAUAGGACUCCCCCCAGCAUUAGCGUGGCAGUCACCAAACGAGCCUGAGUGAACUUAAGCUCGGGUGCCAGACCAAGCACAUGGGUGGGGUGGAGACAUUUUAACCUGGUACACCGCCACCACUUUGUAGCUAGAGGUGUCACCCUUAUGUAGUCUGUUUGUAGUUUUCUAGAACUGUUUGGUAUAGCACGGGCUCCACACACCCCAAGACCACUGAAGCACAUCUGUCACUAUGAGGCACGUGUGAGGUCCAGCUCAGUGACAGCCAAGAGUCUCCUUCACUCUCAGUUCUACUUUGAUUCUGGCCUCCGUGGACUCUUGGUAAGGAUGCCUCUGACAUUCCUGGAGGGCCUGGGGGUUCUUCCCAGGAGGACAUGGCCUCUGCUUCACUGUGCACUGCCUUUUUAGUUUGGACUUCAGUCCUCCCUUGGGGGACUCACAUCCUAGAGUAAACAGCCCUUCAUUAGCAAACAGGCUGUCGGUUCCGUGACCAGCAUCGACAAGGGACAGCGUAACAGCUGGGCGGAUGUUGCGUUUCUCUGGGAAUUCCUAACGUUUUUACUGUGAAGAUGAAAUUCUUAUAAUAGCAUGAAGAUUGUGGGUCUGUGUGUCUGUGAAGUGUGUCCAGUCCACUCAGAGCUGAGUAUACCCUGCUCGUGUUGCGCAUUGCCGGGCCAGCAGCUGAUGUCCAAGGGGACUUCCUGUGAUGUGGUAUGAUUUGUGAAUUUGUUGUGCCGCGUAGCAGUUCUGGAAUGAAGCUAGGAAACUAGAGUGUACUUCUUGUUAAUCAGCAUUCACCAAACCGAUUUUGAACUGUCUUUUUGUAAUAGUUGGGGAAGAAUGCAUACAUUUGGUCUGUUGAGAUCCAUUUGUGAUGGUACCUAAAAUGUGACUCCCACAAGCAUCCUCGGCUCUGGGAAACCCUCUUGCAUGCAUUUAGAGGAGGGAGAGGAUUCCAGAAGAACGAAGGAAAGCCUGUUUCUGUCCCCACAUCAGAGAAAGAAAUCUAUGAGGGAACUGAGACAUGAAAUUCCCAUUAAGAAAAGUCUCAUUUUCUUUAUGAAGAGGGUCAUCCGGAAUGAUGGACUCAUUUUCUUCUGAUAGCUGCAUUUGUAGUAUGUUUUCCUCCUGUUUUCUAAAGUUUCAAUGAGGAGAGGAAAAAAAGCAGAAAGGAACUUGAGAAGCUCUGUGUCUCAGACAGGGCUACCCCCUGCAAGAAGCUCAUUCAGUGAAUAAGAACCAGAACAUCAAAGAACAGUCCUGGUCAGGAUGUUGUCUAACUCCAUGAUUCCCAGCCAUCCCUAGACCAUACAGGAUGUUUCUAGACUGCCUGUCCUUCCAGGGAGUCAGCUGAGGAGCAGGACCUGCUCUCAGAUGCCUGCCAGUGGGGUUACUGGGUGCAUGCUGGCCCUGCUGAGGCAGCAGGUGCUGGGCAGAUAUAGGUGGAUAGUCGGCAGCUGCUAUAGCUCGCCUGGAGGAGCUUCCUGAGAGCCGAUGACUUCCUCAGAAGGGAGAAGGCCCCACUAGCUUUAGAGAGCUAGCUGGCCACCCUGCUUCACACACCCCUCAGUCUCAGCAUGGCCGGGAAACUAGAGAUGUGUUGUUGUUUAGUAACUUAGCUUUCUGUGAACAUAGGUAUUUAAAGGUAAUGGAGAAUAAACUGUGGGGAAAAAUAUUCUCAUUCUUUCACCAUUUUUUGUGGAGAGGGGAGUUUGUAAUAAGGCAAUGCCUGAUGAUUGUUUAGAUGCUAAUUUAAUAUUUUUGCUUUACCUGGAACUGUUCAGACUUGCUUUUAUCACUGGAAAUAACUAGUGUGUGUUGAUGUAGGUUUUUGAGGGUUGAGUAGGGUUUGACUGGCAUCUGGCUUCCUGAAGCUUUGCUGCCUCCCCAGAAAGAUGACUGCUUCUUUGUGGGAAGCUUUCAUUUAAUAUGUGAUGAUGUCACCCUGCUUGUCACUGUGUACCAUCCCAUGUAUUGACUUUUGAUCUUUUUUAUUUAAGUUUCUGUGUGUACUGUUUUUAGUGUUUAUUUUUGCCAGUUACAAUAAUAUCACCAAAAUAAUAUGUGUAUAGCUUUGAGAAAACACAAGCAGAAUAGGACAGUUCCUUGGGACAAAGUUUGGAUCCUGACUGAAUGCCUCUCUUGACUGUCUGCUCACAGGAGAGACAUUCAGAAGUGGCUGUUUAGUUCAAAAAGAAUGUCAUUUCAUCUGGCCUGGCGUCCACCCUGCAGGGAUGGCAAGCCGUGCUGCUUGUACCAUUCAAGUGCCACUCUGGAAGGCUUGGCUGCCUUCUUCCUAGGGGUGAUUCAGGGGAGUCAUCUAAGACCAGACCCCCCUCCACACCUGUCUGGCUUCAGACAUGUCCCUUGGAUUGAGGGCAUCUGGGCAGGUCGCGGCUGGUCACUCUAGCAGCUUUAUCUGAGCCAAGGGUGUGAGUCCCUCCAUGGCUGUGAGAUUUACUUGUAAGGGAAAAAGUGUUUUGCUCAGAGAAGAAGCAAAAUCAUUUUUCAUGUUAUCAGUGCUACAUUAUAAGUCAGCAAUUUGUGGAAAUCCUCUCGUUUUCCUUUAGAAAAAGGAAUGCUGCCUUUUAAAAAAAAGUUUGUUAAACUGAGCCCCAAAUCUGUGAGUGUGCUUGUGGUGCUGCUGGCUGGGACACAGACACUAAGCUGAGGCCUGCGUGACUCACUGAACAGCAGCUGUCUGUCCACCUCUUGCCAGUCAGAGCCCCUGGACAGGUGCACUUGAGGCCAGUACUGGCCAGGACCAUGGGGCCAAGUGUCUUCCAGUCUGCCUGGGGCAGUGAGAAACAGCUGUGUGGGCCAGUGGCAGUGGUGGGAGGGUUUGUUGGAAUGGAUGGGGACAGUGGCCAGCUCUGUCUCACUCCUGUCCCAUGGCCACACCACACUUGAAUCCUGACCCGUCACUGGGAGACCUGACUGGGGCUUCUUUGAGCAAUAACGCUGCCCAAGAGCAGCUUCCCACAUGACCACAGAGCCAAGGGUCUGCCCUGUCCUGGGACUUGGAGGUUAGGUCUCCAUGGUUUAGCAUCACACAAUGAGGGAUAUUUAUUAUGGGCAUUGAAGAUUUAAGAUUUUCCUAAAUUUUUAGUGAACAGUGAUUGGCCUUCAUUACCUGUGCUGAGAGGAAUUUUAAAGCAAGGGAAGUGUAAGAAAAAAUGUUCUCAUUCAGGAGAGAGUUUUAUCGAAGUUUCUUUCUUCCUAUGUAUGUAUUUUGUGGUGUUCACCUUUAACCACAUUUCAUCCAAAAAGAUGAUGCAGCUUUAACAUGAAUGUUACAUUUUAUUUUCAAGGAAUUAUUAUCUAUGUUCCCUUUGUAAAGGAAAGAUAAUAUUGUAAAUCUUUUUAUUAAAUAAUGUAAAGAUGUAUAUCUGUAUUUUUGGAUCAUGUUAUAGAUUAUGGAUAUAUUGUUUUAAUAAAUAAAAUAUUUUUUGGAACAAACA